AUAUAUAUAUAUAUAUAUAUAUAUAAUACUAAGUUAUACUAUAGGUAGGUGAAGUAAACAAGAUGUGGCGUGUUCUAGCAGCAGUGAGAAGAAACUUUCAGAGCACAAGAAAGAGUUCAAAGGUUGCAGAUGAGAGCAUGUUUGAAGCAGGAAACGGUGUUGAGUUAUUUGGAGAUGACAGAAGCAGAAGACAACAUGGUUGGGGGUUUGUGUGCAGCAUUCUUCAAGCACCAAUUUCAAUACUCUCAUGUGUUUCUCACCCUCAGGUUAAUGGUUCUGAUGGGGUUUGGGUAACUGGGGAAUUCUCACAGGUUUCUGAAAUGAACCAUCUCAUGGUAAGUGAUAGCAUGAGAUAUGCAAUUUUGAUGUAGUAAAUAUUGUGAAUACCAAUUUCUGCACCUUCUUUCCAAGGAUCAUUUUUCUCUUUUCUUCUUUCUUCUGUUCACAGUUUGGAUCAUAUAUGUAAUACUACUACAACACUAGGUGAUUUAAUGGAUCAGCCAGAGUUAUGAUAUGACCUACUUUUCGUGUUAA